GUCACUUUCAUCAUUAAAUAACUUACUUGUUUCCACAAGCAAUCUAUCAAAUCAAUCAAUAUAUAAACAACAACAAACUGGCUAAAGCUUAACCAUUUCCAAAGCUUGAAAAAGUAACAGUCAUGAAACUCCAAACCCUAAUUCUUCUCACAGUUCUUCUAAUGGCCUCUGCGGCUACAGCAAGGAAGCAAUAUCCGAUUGGUGGUUAUAGCCCCAUCACAAACAUCAACGAUCCUCACGUCAUCGAGAUCGCCAAUUUCGCCGUCACUCAGUACGACAAGCGAAGCGGUGCGAAGCUCGAGUUUAAGAAGGUAAUCAAAGGUGAAUCUCAGGUUGUUGCAGGGACUAACUACCGCCUCACACUCUCGGCCGGCGAAGGUUCGGUUUCGAAGAUCUAUGAAGCUGUUGUGUGGGAGAAGUUAUGGCUUCACUCCCGAAACCUCACUUCUUUUAAACCUGUACAUGCUUAAAUUAUAAUUAUGUUGCGCUUAUCUUAUUGCAUCGUUCUUCUGUAAUGUACUGUGUUUUAUACUACUAUUAUUGUUAUUUAUAUCAAUAAAAGUUUAUGCCUAUUUAAUUA